UUCAGAGAAGAUGAGUGAACUCAGUCAGGUUGCAAGAUACGGUAGAUACUGUCUCAGACUCUCACAUUGGGGUUGCGCCAACCGACCCUUCUAUCACAUUGUUGUUGCAAAGAAAAGUUUUCCUAACCGAAGAUAUAUCGAUCCUGUGGAGCAAAUUGGAACCUUUGACCCGCUCCCUAAUGCAUUCAAUGAGAAGCUGUGCUCCCUAAACCUGGAGAGAUUACAACACUAUCUGUCAGGAGGGAUAACUGUGGAGACUCCGGUAGCUCAGCUCCUAGGUUUAGCUGGAUUUCUCCCGAACCAUCCUUCUACUUAUGCUCAAGCCUGGAGAAAUCGCGAAGCGUUAGAUAAUCCUAACACUAGACGAACUAAUGUAAUUCUCAAGGAAGAGUUAAACUAAACUUAUUAAAUUUAAACUAGAUAAUUUAUUGCAGA